GUUUAUUGCGCGACUCAACAGCGCACAAACAGUAGAACUUUAGAUUCGGCUCAGUAUUCACGUUAAAACCAUCAGAAAUGUUUAAAUGUGGAAUCGCGUAUCCCAGAUGCAGGUGGAUCCUGCCACUUCUUCUGCUCUUUGCGAUCAUUUUCGAUAUUAUCGCCGUCGCUGCACAGUCCGGAUGGGUAGAGGACGAGAAUGCCAAGUCUCACUACGCCAGUAUGUGGGAAGACUGCCGAGGCCGCAACAAUAACUGGACCUGCUCUUCGCUUAUGGAGUCCUCAUGGGCUCAAGCUGUUGCUGCACUAAUGAUCAUCGGCCUCAUCAUCCUCAUCAUAGCCUUCAUCAUUUCUUGUGUGGCACUGUGUUGUACCCUCAACAUACCCCUACUGCCAGUCAUCGGAGCACUCCUUAUUAUUGCUGCGAUUUUCCAGAUCAUCGCUCUCAUCAUCUACCCAGUGAAAUUCAACGAAUUAAUUUUUGAAGGCCACUACGACUAUACCUGGGCAUACGGUUUUGGCUGGGGAGCCACCAUUAUAAUGUUGGGCUGUGGCAUUCUCUUCUGCUGUCUGCGUAACUAUGAAGACAAACUCAGUGGAACGGAAAAGGUUAAAUACAUCUACCAAUCAUCCUAAAACGAACCUUGCUACACAUUUAAAACUGCUUCGCGAAGAAUAUUUUUAGGACGUUAUAAUUUGACCUAAUGAUUUUAAGUGCACCAACUGGCACAACUUUGAUUAGAUGUUUACUAACAUGUACAGAGCUCUAUGUACAGUAUUUCAUACCUUGUUAGAGUUAUUUGGAAUUAUGCAUUUUUAGGAGUGUUCUGUUGACACAGACAUAUAACAAGGCAUGCAUUUUGUUGCAAUUCCUGCUUAAGAUUUUUUAACACUGUCUAUAGCUGAAAAUCAAUGACCUUUCAUUGACAUUUUGCAUAUCAAUCAAUAUUAUAUUCUCUACUGGAAAAAAAAUUGGGAUAGAUCAUUCCGGGAUGCCGACCUGAGCAGUACAAAUAACUUUGUCAUUAAAUCUGACACAAGUGUAUUUGACACGUUUUUAUUAAAAAAUGUUUAUUAAUGCAGCAUGUAAUACCAUUACAAUACCCACAUUUACCACAAAUUAAUGUAUGUUCUGUGUGUAUACUACCAAUGUCACAUUACUGUACUGAGAUUGUGGAAAAUAUGCCACUCUGCUAGUGCUCAUACUGUUUUCCUACUGCUGUAUAGAUUUUGUGUUUGGUGUAACUGGAUGAAUUAAUAUUUUUAUUGCUGACAUGUUUUUUUUCUUUAUUCUUGCUUUUUUACAUUUUUAACUUGCAUACCUGUAUAUUGAGUUUGGAAAGAAUUUCUGCUCUAGUACAAAAAUACAAUGUUUAGUGCUUGAUCUGAUGUUCUAUAUACCUCUCUUUUAAAAGUAAAUUACAAUACUAACUAUAACUUAAGGGGUGUUUUUAACUGUAAUUAAUGUUUUAAGUAAUUUGGUUAAGUGUGACUUGCAAGCCAAUUCAUAAUAAAGGGAAGGCCAAAAUAA